UAUCGGUGGUGAAUCGGAGCCUCAUUGGAAGAAAACUACAAAUCCAGGAUUCCGGAGCUUUGAUACUUCCGUUAUUAAAGUAAACAAACGGAAAAUUGUUAUGCAUCAACACAAACAUGCAAAAGAAAAAAGAUUGCAUAUAUAAAUCUUAGCAAUAUACGGUCCCUUUGAUAAAUCUAAAGCGUUUUUUCUUAUCCACUGAUCAAGGAAAAAAUGCAUUGGAAGCACGCUCUCGCUGGUCUGGCGGCCAUGUUAACAGUCGCCCAGUCCAAAAUAGUCGAAUUGGAUUGGGACAUUACAUACACUACCGCGAAUCCCGACGGUUUGAUGGAACGCCAAGUCGUUGGUGUGAACGGAAAGUGGCCUAUCCCUCCCAUUGAGGCCAACACUGGUGAUAUUGUACGAAUCAAUGCGCACAACUCUUUGGACUGGGUCACCAGCUUGCACGCUCAUGGGCUACACCAAAAUGGAACGGUUGAUCAAGACGGUGCACCCUUCGUUACAGAAUGUGGUAUCCCACCUGGAGAUAGCCGCACCUAUGAAUAUCAUCUCGAUCAAUCCGGUACUUAUUGGAUUCAUAGUCACGUCAUGGGACAAUACAUGGAUGGCCUACGCACACCAUUCAUUAUACACAACACAGAAGAUCCUUAUCAAGGGAAAUAUGAUGAGGACAUCACCGUCACUGUUUCUGACUGGUACCACAACGAUUCGCGUAUCAAUGCUGCUUGGUUCCUUAGCACUGCAAAUCCUGAUGCCGAUGAGCCUAUUCCGCAAUCUGCCGUUAUUGGGGAUCAACAAAAUCCAAGCUAUUCAUUUGAGCCCGGAAAGACAUACCGUUUGCGAGUGAUCAACAUGAGCGGCUUUUUAACUUUCUACUUUAGCAUUGAUGGUCAUGACUUUGAUAUCAUUGAGGUCGAUGGUGAAUACACUCACCCUUAUAACGCUAAGAACGUAUACCUAUCUGUUGCCCAGCGCAUGUCGAUCCUUGUCAAGGCUAAAGAAAGCACCAAUCUGAACUACAACAUGCACUUUGACAUGGAUUACACCCAAAUGGACGACCCUCCCAAAGAUCUCCAAGUUAAUUAUACUGCCCCUAUAUACUACGAUCGAUCGCACGAUAAGUUUGCACCCAGUGAGGAUAUUGCUAUCAAGAGCAAAUUUGAUGACUUCAAUUUGCGAUCGUUUUGGAAUAUGAAUGCUGUUGAUCCUGACUCACAAUACAACAUAACGAUCGAGCAACAAUUCACCACUGACGGACUGAACCGUGGUAUGGUCAACCGCAUUCCUUUCAUUGGCUCGCCGACGCCUACGCUCUUCACUGAGCUUACAACUGGAGAGCUCGCCAACGACGCCAGGGUUUACGGUCCUCAAGGCAAUGCAUAUAUUACGAAGCAUUUGGACAUGGUCGAAAUAGUUGUUAACAACUUUGACGGUGAUGCUCAUCCAUUCCAUUUGCAUGGCCACAAGUUUCAAAUUGUUGCUCGCAGCACAGAGCAGAACCAGUGGUAUGAUGGCGUCAACAAGGUCGGCAAAUGGAACACAGAGAGCCCUGUCCAGCGUGAUACGAUUCGUGUCCAGGGAUACGGCUUUGCGGUGAUCCGCUACCGCUCAGACAACCCAGGCACAUGGCUUUUCCACUGCCAUAUCGACUGGCAUUUCUUGUCGGGUAUGGGUGUUGUGAUGGUCGAGAAUCCUGACCAAGCACAACAAUCAAUGCCAAUUGAUCCCAAGUUGGCCCAACAAUGCAUCCAGCAAGGUCUAUUCGCUUCCGGAAACGCUGCUGGUAAGGAAGGUCUGGAUCUUGCGGGCGCGCCCUCUGGAAUAUAUCUCCCAAAGGAUAAGCCAUUGCUUACACCAGAUGAUUCUUAACCUGUCUUCGAUCUGAUAUUUACAGUAUGCUAUCCAGUAUAUUCUUUUCCCUUUCCUCAAUCUUCUUUCAAUAAAAAAAUGCACUAUGUUAUUAAACAUUUUGCUGACAUACGUUGCCUCACUUGUUAGAAAUAGAGCUCAGAUACUUCCCCAAUUGGAGCACUUACCAAACUAUUGCAUUUUAGCCUAAAAGUAGAUCAUCAUCAAUCUAAGUUUCAAAUUCUUGAAACUCUUUCCUAAUCAGUCACUUCAAAAAACACAUCUACGCAAAAAAUCCAACUGAAACGAUUCAGCGAAGCCGAUGACAAAGAAAAUUUGAUAACUCUAUAUAUACUCAUAAAACAUCAGAUAAGCG